GCAGUAAAUUUAAUUUUUGUUGUUUAUCACUGACAGCAGUAACCGCUUCUGGUGAUUUCUUACAAAAACAAUGUCUGACUGUGUUUAUUUCAAAGCAUUGUAGUUAAUUCAACUGGCCAUGAGGUGACACUGUAGACCGUAACAUCGCCAGUAGGUCGCUGAUGUGUAGAGGCCCCUCCCACGUUAAAAUGAUGAUUUUGUCAGUGCUUUGUUAGAAUGAGACGCAGGGCGAAGAAGAAUGCGCAUAGAAAUUGUAUUGCCGCAUAAUUUGUUCUUUCAAACGACUUUUUUGUCUCAAUAAGCGGAAGGCACAUCGAUAUACGGAUCUAUGCUUUGUUCUCGUUUUAUGGAAUUAUGCAGCUGCCGGGAGGAAAGAUCUGUAUUGGGAUCUAUCUAGUGCUUGUUGUGUUGGAGUACAACUGGGGAGCGGUAUCCGGGCAGCUCUCCUAUUCCGUCUCAGAGGAGGUAAACCUGGGGACUUCUGUUGGAAAUCUCGCCAAGGAUCUAAAUCUUAAUGUACAUGAUUUGGAGUCACGUAUGUUUCAGAUCGUUACCGGAUCAAAGAGAAAGUAUUUCGAUGUAAAUUUGAAGUCAGGUGUUCUCUACGUCAGUGAAAGAAUAGACAGAGAAGACCUCUGUGCAAAGGCUGCAAAAUGUACAAUGAAUGUAGAAGCUGUGAUUAAUAAUCCGCUGAAACUUUACCGUAUUGAAGUCAAUAUUCUUGACGUUAAUGAUAAUCCCCCCUCCUUCAGUGCCAAAUCACAAACUAUCGACACAGCAGAGAGCGUAUUACCGGGAGCUACAUUCCCUGUGCUGUCGGCCUACGAUGCCGAUGUAGGGAAAAACAGUAUUAAUACAUACAAGCUAAAUCCCAAUGAAUAUUUUUCUUUAGCGGUGCACAAAGGAGAAAGCGUGUCAGCCGAGUUAGUUCUUCAGAAAUCAUUAGACCGAGAGAAACAGGCAUUAAUAAAACUCACACUGACCGCUGUAGACGGAGGAACGCCUCCAAAAUCAGGCACAUCAGAAAUAUUAAUUAAUGUUCUGGAUAUCAACGAUAAUAUUCCGGUCUUUUCCAAAACACUGUAUAAAACAAGCAUUACAGAAAAUGCGCCUCUUGGCACUACAGUAGUGACAGUGACUGCAACUGACGCCGAUGAAGGGCCAAACAAAGACAUUGUGUUUUUACUUAACUCGAAAGAUCAGGACCAUGUCUUGGACAUGUUUGAAAUUGAUUCUGAAACUGGAAUAAUAACAGUAAAAGGAAAAAUUGACUUUGAAACAAAUCAUGCCUUUGAAAUCCGCGUGCAGGCUGCUGACAAAGGCCAGCCUCCAUUAACAGCACAGUGUAAAGUACUCGUGGAGGUGGUGGAUCUAAAUGACAAUGCCCCUGACAUCACGGUGACGUCACUGCUCAGUACCGUGAAUGAGGACGCUGAAAUUGGCACGGCCAUUGCACUUGUUUCAGUUCUCGAUAGAGACGGAGGCAAAAAUGGUGAAGUAAAAUGUGAGAUACUGAAUGCGGUUCCUUUUAAAUUAGAAACAAAUUAUAAAAAUUAUUAUUCUUUAGUUAUCGGUGGAGCUCUAGACAGGGAGCUCAUUUCUCACUACAAUAUUACAAUCAAAGCUACGGAUGAGGGUAGACCCCCCCUCUCUAACACCAGCGUGGUUCUUAUUCAGGUGUCUGAUGUAAAUGACAACAUACCUCGGUUUUCAGAGACUGUAAUUAAUAUGUAUGUGGAAGAAAACAGUCCAGUUGGCACAGUUUUGAAAGCAGUAUCUGCAACUGAUGCUGACAUUAGUGAAAAUGGUCGAGUGAGCUACUCAUUAGUCAGUGACAAUAACUUAGUGCCCCUGUCUACUAUGAUUAACAUCAACUCAGAGACUGGAGAUAUAGUCAGUUUGCAGUCUUUUAACUUCGAGGAGUUGAAAACGUUUCAGUUUAAAGCUCAGGCCACAGACUCUGGUGUUCCUCCGCUCAGCAGUAACGUGACUGUGAACGUUUUUAUUCUGGAUGAGAAUGACAACAGUCCCUCGAUUCUCGCGCCCUAUUCUGAGCACGGCUCCGUUAACAGUGAGAGCAUCCCCUAUUCUGCUGAAGCGGGAUACUUUGUAGCAAAGAUCAGGGCUGUAGACGCAGACUCUGGAUACAAUGCGCUGCUUUCUUAUCACCUCUCUGAGCCCAAAGGAAAUAACCUCUUCAGGAUCGGAACCAGCACCGGGGAAAUCAGGACUAAGAGGAGAAUGAGUGACAAUGACCUUAAAACUCACCCCUUGGUGGUGUUGGUUUCUGAUAACGGAGAACCCUCCCUGUCAGCUACUGUGUCUAUUGAUGUGGCGGUGGUUGAAAGCACAGCUGACAUCCAGACUCAGUUCAGACAUGUGCCCAUAAAGGAGGACAGCUUCUCUGACUUAAACCUGUAUCUGCUGAUCGCCAUUGUGUCGGUGUCAGUCAUCUUUCUGCUGAGUCUCAUCAGUUUAAUAGCUGUCAAAUGUCACAGGACAGACGGCAGUUUCAGCAGGUACGGCCCUCCAAUGAUCACCACCCACCCUGACGGGAGCUGGUCUUACUCUAAAGCUACUCAGCAGUAUGACGUCUGUUUCAGCUCAGACACGCUCAAGAGUGACGUAGUGGUUUUCCCCGCACCGUUUCCGCCUGUAGAUGGAGAACUGAUCAGUAUUAACGGAGGAGACACUUUCACACGGACUCAGACUUUACCUAAUAAAGAAAAGGUAAGCACAUUAGUAUUCAGUAUGUAUUAUGUAUGUUAAUACUUGACCGUGAAAACAUAUAACAAUUUUAAUUAGUGUAACAGACUUAAAGUUUGAGUUAGAUUAAAAAUUACAGAGGUUAGUGUCUUUCUUAAAUUGAUAGAGGCCUGCUCUGCAUGUGUGGUUGCAAUGUCCCCUCUUUUGGCCACCAACUUCGCAUUUAAAUUUGUAUGUCGCUGUCCGUGGUCCUGAACGCAAGUUUCUGAAUGUUAUCUCUGUAAUCCUUAUCAUAUAUGGGAAAAAAAAUAUAUUAUUUGUUUCAGUCUAAGAUGAAAGAUGCAUUUAAUUGUGCAGGGGCCUAUAUUUUUAAAUGUAGUCAUACAAUUAUGUCAAUAACUGAGUGUUUACAGAAAAACGGAAGUGGUAGGGGAAAAAAGACUUUUGCGAUCUUUUCCCUGUUAACUUUUACCCCAGUGCAGUAAAAGUGAAGG